CUUUGUUAAAUAAAUAAAAAACGCAUCCUUUGCUAAUUGCUUUGCUCCGGCAACAUUCAUCUGAAGAAGAAAGAACCUCUGACGAGAUUAGACAAAGAAACAAAAGAUGAAGAAGACGAAAGGAAGUAGCUUUCGAUUCUACGCCACUCUCUUACUCUCUUUUCUCUCUUUCUCCUUAUCUCGCGCCUUUUAUCUACCAGGAGUCGCUCCUCGUGAUUUCCAGAAGGGUGAUCCUCUUUAUGUUAAAGUGAACAAAUUGUCGUCCACAAAGACUCAACUUCCUUAUGACUACUACUACCUGAAUUACUGUAAGCCUCCUAAGAUCUUGAACAAUGCUGAAAAUUUAGGGGAGGUUCUCAGAGGAGACCGCAUUGAGAAUUCCGUUUAUACUUUUCAAAUGCUGGAAGAUCAGCCCUGCAAAGUAGGUUGCCGUGUUAAGCUUGAUGCUGACUCCACCAAAAAUUUCAAGGAAAAGAUUGAUGAUGAAUACCGGGCUAAUAUGAUUCUUGAUAAUCUUCCAGUAGCUGUACUUAGACAAAGGAGAGAUGGAAGUCAAUCAACGACUUAUGAACACGGUUUUCGUGUUGGCUUUAAAGGGAGUUAUGAAGGGAGCAAAGAGGAGAAAUACUUUAUACAUAAUCACUUGAGCUUCCGAGUCAUGUACCACAGAGACCAAGAGUCUGAUUCUGCUCGAAUUGUUGGAUUUGAGGUUACGCCUAACAGUAUCUUGCAUGAAUACAAGGAGUGGGAUGAAAAAAAUCCUCAGUUAACAACAUGUAAUAAGGACACAAAAAAUCUAAUCCAAGGCAACACUGUCCCUCAAGAAGUUGAGCAAGGAAAAGAAAUAGUGUUUACAUAUGAUGUCUCGUUUAAGGAGAGUGAAAUCAAAUGGGCUUCUCGGUGGGACACGUACCUUCUCAUGAACGAUGAUCAAAUCCACUGGUUUUCCAUCAUAAAUUCACUUAUGAUUGUCCUUUUCCUUUCUGGAAUGGUAGCUAUGAUCAUGAUGAGAACUCUGUACAAGGAUAUCUCAAACUACAAUCAGCUUGAGACCCAAGAUGAGGCCCAGGAAGAGACUGGAUGGAAGCUUGUACACGGAGAUGUCUUCAGGCCACCUGUGAACUCUGGAUUAUUGUGUGUUUAUGUUGGUACAGGUGUCCAGAUCUUCGGAAUGUCACUGGUUACAAUGAUGUUUGCGUUGCUUGGCUUCUUAUCUCCAUCCAACAGAGGAGGGCUUAUGACUGCCAUGGUUCUCUUGUGGGUUUUCAUGGGAAUCUUCGCUGGUUACUCCUCAUCUCGCCUUCACAAAAUGUUCAAAGGAAACAAGUGGAAGAGAAUGACCUUGAAGACUGCAUUCAUGUUUCCCGGUAUCCUUUUCGCUAUCUUCUUUGUUCUGAAUGCCCUCAUUUGGGGAGAGCAGUCAUCUGGAGCCAUACCAUUUGGUACAAUGUUUGCUCUCUUCUGCCUCUGGUUUGGCAUCUCAGUCCCACUAGUCUUCGUUGGUAGCUAUCUGGGUUACAAGAAGCCAGCAAUUGAAGAUCCAGUCAAAACAAACAAGAUCCCGAGACAAGUACCAGAGCAGCCGUGGUACAUGAAACCAGUUUUCUCCAUACUAAUUGGAGGCAUCCUCCCGUUUGGAGCAGUCUUCAUCGAGCUCUUCUUCAUCCUGACAUCAAUAUGGCUGAACCAGUUCUACUACAUCUUCGGGUUCCUCUUUAUAGUGUUCUUGAUCUUGAUUGUCACCUGUGCAGAGAUUACAGUGGUGCUCUGUUAUUUCCAGCUUUGUAGCGAAGACUACAACUGGUGGUGGAGAGCUUACUUAACUGCGGGCUCAUCCGCUUUCUACCUCUUCCUCUACUCAAUCUUCUACUUCUUCACAAAGCUGGAGAUCACAAAGCUAGUAUCGGGAAUGCUCUACUUCGGGUACAUGAUCAUCAUCUCUUACGCAUUCUUCGUCCUAACUGGCACUAUCGGUUUCUAUGCUUGCUUCUGGUUCGUGAGAAAGAUCUACUCCUCGGUGAAGAUUGACUAGAACCCAAGUGAUAGAAGAUGCCAACUUUUGAGUCUUUGAGGUUUUGUAUGUUUGGGUGAUUGUAUGGUACGUAGCUGUAACAAAG